GAGCCACGCCCGGCCGGGCUGUGCUUCAUUCCCUUGAAGAGCCAAGGUCAUCACGGACUCGGCAGUUACAGCCACUUCCCGGCUCCUUUCCUGCGUCUCCUGCCGUCUGAGGUUGAUGUCAUUGGGCCUGCAGCUCACAGUCCUCCUGUGGUCUGUGCUUUCAUCUGCUCUGGUCUGGGAAUGUAGAGGUCACUUGAAGUGACUGAAAACAAGUCAAUUUUUUAUUUAAAUUCCUGGUUAUUGGAAAUGCAGGAACUGGCAAGUCAUGCUUACUUCACCAGUUUAUUGAAAAGAAAUUCAAAGACGACUCGAAUCAUACAAUAGGAGUGGAAUUUGGUUCAAAGAUAAUAAAUGUUGGUGGCAAAUACGUAAAGCUACAGAUAUGGGACACCGCCGGCCAAGAACGAUUCAGGUCUGUGACCAGAAGCUAUUACAGAGGCGCUGCAGGGGCUCUCCUCGUCUAUGACAUCACCAGAUGCCCGAAUGCUAGCAAGUCAGAACAUCGUGAUAAUCCUCUGCGGGAACAAGAAGGACCUGGACGCAGACCGGGAAGUUACCUUCUUAGAAGCCUCCAGAUUUGCUCAGGAAAAUGAGCUGAUGUUCCUGGAAACAAGUGCACUGACGGGAGAGAAUGUAGAAGAAGCCUUUGUACAAUGUGCCAGGAAAAUACUUAACAAAAUCGAAUCGGGUGAGCUGGACCCAGAGAGAAUGGGCUCAGGUAUUCAGUAUGGAGAUGCUGCCUUGAGACAGCUGCGGUCACCGCGUCGCUCACAGGCCCCCAGCGCUCAGGAGUGUGGCUGUUAGAAGCAGCGUGGGAGAGCAGAGGUGAUCGCACAGUGAUGUUUGGGACACAGUUGUUGGAGCUUGAAGUUUUUCACCAUCACCUUCUACUCUAUACAGAAGUAGAUCUUUGUGCGGGAGGGAAAGCGCCUUGGGUGUUACGUAAACUAGUGAAUGGGGCACCACGAACCACGCGGUGAACCUGAGUCAGUGGACAGUACGUCAGGUGUGUACACGUAUGUAAAGUUUGCUGUUCCGUAGUUGCCCCUCCUCCUUUGGUUAAGUCCUGGCUCUGUACUGUAUAUAUCGAGCCCGCGCCAUCUCUGCAGCAUGGUAUCUGAUGUAUGAUAUAAUAGAACGUUACACUAAACGCGGUCCAAUAUUUUAUUUUUUUUAAUCAUAUGAACUAAAACCUGUUGACGUGCGGUGUGCACUGAUCAUGUUAUGCACGGUGGUUUAACUCAUGACCUGCUCCUCAGACUCUGGCUUCAGGCCAGUGCAGUGCUUGUUUCAUUCCAUUUGCCGUAGCCCACGAGGCGGUUACGUGACCCACGCUGGAAACACUAGAUCAGUAGUUAUCUCAUACCGAAAUAAAAUCACAAUGGAGUUUUUCUAUGAACUUGACUCUGUCCAGCACUCUGUUGAUUUUAAAGCAUCUUCAUGCAGAUCAGUGCGGGAAGGGAGGCCUGAGCACUGCUGUCUUAGGCGCUGGGAUCAACACCAGGACUCUGGGACCUUGAACCAAACUUACCAGGCAGCUGAUUCUGCUCUCGGCUGUUGUUGAUGCCACAGAGCCUGGAACCUUGGGCUGCACACCUGUCCCCGGGCUGCUGAUCUGUCUGGUCUUCCUGCUAGAAAACACCGUUUGCGACUGUGCUGUUUCUGGGAUUCGGUAUUAUAGCAUCACUGCCUCUUUUUUAAGCCUUUUAUUAUUUUGUGUUCCUUUUAAGGAAACCCACUAAAGCAAGUCAAUAUUAAAGGGAUACCACUAAGAAAUUCCUGUAUAGCUUUUGCCGAAUUCUUAAUUGCCUUAGUACAGUUACUAAGUCAACAAGUUUUUAAUUCAUCUGAGGUUUACUGUAUAAUGUAUAUUAUAUUGCAAAGACUUGUUCUGAUAUUUUAAAAUGUCAAUGCAAAAAAUAUAUAAGAACUUUCCUUUUGAGUUGAAAUACAGCGUUACUUAAGGCUGGA